AUGUACAAAAAUUUGAUAGAAAAAAGAGAGCUAAUUAACUCUCGAAAUUUUUUUCAAAUUCCAUUUGAGAAAAACAAAAAGGAGAGUAAACAUCAACAGAUUGAUGGUCUCUCAAUUGACAAAAACAAAUGGGUUGGUUCACCUUCAAAAUUGAGCAGCCAUCUCCGUGCAGCCAAACUUGUUAGACCAUUUAUGAAAGAAGAAAAAACCCAUUUUAUCAUCCAACCCAAAGAAUCUCUACCUGAACAGAGGAACACAAAUUAUCCACCUAAAAAGAACAGCCCAUCAGUAGAACCCUGGAAGGAGGCUGAAGCUGUGGAUACACGUGUAGACAAUCCAGCCAUAAGCCGAAUUGGCCAGAAGUUAUCAAAAAAAACGUACCGAUUUAAUCAUAGUAACAUCCAUAUUUGCACCUUUAAAAGUGUUAAUGAUAACUAUGUUAGGUUUUUUAGGAGAAGAUUAAUGAAGAGUAAAAUUCUUGCACUGCUAAAGAUACAAAGAGGGGAAGAAAUAAAAGGAAUUUUCAACCCGUUCAUGAAAAUUUUGUUGAAAUAUGAAACUCCCUUCAUGUGGAAAAAGACGGAAAUUUCUCACCAACACAAGCACUUCUUGGGAAAGUCCAAAGAGAGAGAAAGGGGUAAUGCCCACCCACACCAAGUAGGUGGAACUGGAUCGAUGACUCCUUUGAUAAAGGAGGAAAACUCAAGUGGGGCCACUUCCAAUGUGGGUAAUUUAACUCAGGAAGGAGACUUCAGUUCGAAUCGGAGUGUUGACCAUAGAGAUGAACUUUUAAAUCGAAUCGAAAACAAAACAGCGAAGAAACAAUCAAAGGACGCACCCCUGGGGGAACGACCAAAUGGUCAUUCGCCAGUGACAGAGUGGUCGACUGCCGAUGGCAUCGUCGAUUCUUACCUGAACGAAAACGCGGAUUUUUUUGAGCAGAACUUUCUGGAACAGGAAUUUUGCGUGGGGGGCGUUUCAAUGGCGCACGAUUGUGAUGCCGAUCCGUGUGAUGCUGAUCCGUGUGAUGCCAACCCGUGUGAUGCCGAUCCGUGUGAGGUGGACCCCUGUGAGGCGGACUCCUGUGAGGUUGACCUUUCCCUGGACGAAUCCAUAAAAACCCUGAUAAGCAACUGCAACAGUAUUUUUAACAACCACUACAGCAACCCCCCGCAGGGAGAUUCUUCCCAAGCGAAUCAGACAGAGACCACAGGGAGGGGAACCUCCUCCGUCAAACUCCACUCACAGAACUACGACGAAAUUGACCUCCUUAGUGACGAUUGGGUUAUGAACCUAAAUCGUAGCCAAGAAGAAAGAACCCUUCCGAGGGAAACAAAUCCAAAAGAUGAAAAAUGCCAACUGGUAAAAGAAGAGAGGCAACCAAUUUGUGACGACUCCUUCGUUGAGAAAAAGCACCCUGAGGAAGAAAAACACAGGAACAACACUCACAAUCUUUUAACCACGAAAGGUGAAAAAAAAAAACAUGUACACAGCCAAAGGGAUAAUUGUAACAAAUAUUCUGUGACUCUGGCGCAGAAUGUCAUUUCUCCCUGUGGGGACUCAGGAAGUGCCUACCAUUUGGAAGAGAAAGAGGAGAAACAUAAGGUUUUGUCCACCCUUAAGAGCGUUCAGGAGAGUGUCCAAAUAACAGCAAAAGGGAAAGACAAACAGAACGGUAUUGCCCGUCAGGCAAAUCGCAACGUACGAAGUCGAAGUAGACACACAAGCACCCCCCAAGGGAACCAAGGGAACCAAGGGAACCAAGGGAACAUUCCAAAUGAGAUAUAUGUUGAUAAAAAAAAUUACAAAGCGGAAAUAAAUUCCAUUAAAGGAGAGGAACAUUCCCAAAAUGGCUUCACUCCAAACGGGAUGGCAAAUAAUGCACAGACUUCACCUAAUGGUGAGCCACUCCAAGGGAGUACCAUAAAAAAUGACCGUCUCACUGCUCAUAAGGGUAAUAAGGAGCACACUCAUUUGAGACGAAAAAAGGGUAUCGGCACACACGCCAACAACUCCAGUGAUGUCUUCACCUCGAAAAAUCAAAUAGGUGGAGACACUUUCCAGGGAGAAGAUCCAUUCCCACUCCCUGAUAACGCCCCACAAAAUGGGAAAAAAAUUGAUAACGCCAUUUUGGAGGACCACUGUAGCGACAUGGGUUCAUCCCAAAUGAAUCAAUCAGUGCAUGAAAUAGAGUUGAACCUGUUGGAUGGGCAUGUCUCUCUACAUUUUUAUGGAGAAAAUGGAACCCACGUCCUUCAAUUUAGCAUCGAAUUGGAGGUACUCGAACAGAACUGCAAACUGUUUAAAUGUUUAAGUAAAAGUUCAGGGGUAGUCACCAAUUCGGGCGCAAACAUGGGACGAGAUGUCUGCAGAAAUGCCCAAAGAAGUUCCCUGCGAAGUGCAGGCCAAUAUUGCAGUGAUCUCCCAAGCAGCUCCGCCGAAGCGACCACUCGCAUUAUCCAAAAGGAAGAUAUCAUAAAAAGUUACUGCAGCCGCCUGUCGUUGGGAGAGCAGAAGGAAUACAUUCACCGCAUCAUCAGCAACUCACUGAGCGUGGAAAAUUUCACGGUCCUAUUUACACUCCUAAAAAUGAAAAACAAAAUGAACAUUCUGCUACUCCAAAUUAACAAAAUAACAGACGAAAUAAAAAAACUUCUCAUAAUGAUAGAAAAAAAACUAGAAGAAAUAGAGAGCCUUACACCCCAAUUGGAAUUUUUAAGGAAUGUAAAAAAAGAGGCAAAAGUUACAGUCAUACAAAACUGCAUGAACUUCUUCCUACGCAUAACUAAUAUAUACAGCAAUAUUUGCACUUUGGUAAAAACACAGAAUGCCAUUUUUUCACAUUUCAAAUUUAACAACGAAAUUAUCAACAGUUAUUUAUUUUUUGUAAAAAAAUUCUCCAUCUAUAUAUCCAGCAGUGUAGUCGAAAUACAAACUUUUUAUGUCCAAAUAAAAAACAUGCAAAAUGAAGAAGCAGACCAAAAUUGCCUGAACAGGCAAGAAAAAUCCACACUCACAAAAAUCCACAACAAGUUAAAAAAUCACUUAAGUAUUCACUACAGGAAAAUAUUUAUCUUUAAACAAAUAUUAGACAUAUAUUUAAUCGAAUUGAACAAUUUUAAAAAGUACCAAAAAGAUUACAUGAUUAGCAAAAUAAACAUUUUAAUUAAUUCCAAAUGUCCAUAUGAUCUGCUCCUUUUUUCCAUCCUCGUUAAAUCGAAAAGUCUCUGUGAAAUAAGUGUCAAGAAAAUAUGCUACAAUUUUGACAUUACUAAUUUUCAGACAAAUAAAAAAAUCUACGCACUAUUUUUGAACAGAAAAAUUAAAAAUAACAUUUUGAAAAAGAUUAAAACAACCGUUGGGGAAAAUGCUUACAUUAUGUUAAAAAGUAUUUUUUUCUACAAUGAGCUAAAUGGCCUUAUGAAAAAUGCUUUACGUAAUGGCGGCUUCAAAGCAGAACGACACCUCAGCGAGCAGGGUGAAGAAACAAUGGAGGGAAACUCCUCGGACGAACGUUCUAUGGAGUCUCCCCAAGAGAAGGGAAAAUCGCCUCGUAAUUUAAUCGACACGCAUGAUGCCUGGAAUAAUCCUUGUGGUGGCAAAACUGGGAAGGCUGAAAAGGGGAACGCACCCACAGGGGGAGAAGAUAAUCAGAAAGGGGCAUACGAGAAACAUGACGGAGGUGUAAGUCCAACCGGAAGGAACCAACCAAGCGUGAGCAACUGCGAACUGGUGGAAGAAUCUAAUAAAAGCGUCCCGUCUAAUGUCACAACGAACAGUCUGUCCACCUGCUCUUCCCUAAACGACUGCGAAGAUUCCAUGUAUUUACAAAACAUCGACAAAAUUUUAAAAACGAACAAUGCCCUAACUUUAGUAAAAAAUAUUAGACGUUCCCUAGAUAUAGGCAAUCUCUCCACAUCAAACAGCUGCUCGGGGAAGAACAAAAAAGAGACAGACAAAAGCAAAUGCAGUGAGGGAAAGAAAUCGAAAUUUUCCUUCUCUUCCACUGUUCAGGCGCAUUUAAGCAGAUCACCCCCAAAAAAUGAAGAAAAUUGCAUCAAAUUAAACAGCGCCAGGAAAAAGAAAAACGUGGUAAAUGAAAUUCAGCAACUGAGGAAGGUCUUCAAAACGUACGAGCGAGGGAGGAAAGCAAAAGAAGAAAAAGAACCCACAAGAAAAAAAAGCUCCAUCGAAAAUGAGGCCUGGAAAACCCAUCCAAAUGGAAGAGGCGUGCUACCCCCAAGUGACAGACGCCCAUGCUGUAAAUACAAGUCCUCAGUGAUCGACCAAACAAAUUCCCCUGAACAGUCAGGCAACAGGGAGCAAAACACAUUAUACAACAAAAAGGAAAAGAAAAAAAGAAAAAUCCUUGAGAACAUUGAAAAAAUAAAAGAAAUAGAAAAAAAUUAUAAACAACUCCAAGAAAUUCAAAGGCAAGAAAAAUUCAAAAAAAAACUCAACGAAUGGAAACUGAAAAAAAUUACAAAAAGGAACAACAUAAACCUGCUAAAAAUUAGGGGACUAAAAAAUAAAAAAAAAGAUUUGUUUACCUCGUUCGUUAAGAAGGACAUUAACGGGAUAGGCACCGUGAUCAGGUGUAAGAUAAACGGCGGGCGGGGCAUCAGCGCGGAUAUCAACCGGCACAUCUGCACGGGUGCAUACCCCUUGGACGUUCCUAGCAACCAUACGGGAUGCAGCAACACGGAAGGCAGCCACAGGGGAAGCAGCAAUACGGAAGGCAGCCACAGGGAAAGCAGUCAUACGGAAAGCGGUUCGUCACAUCUUAUUUCCGAGGGGGGGGGAAAAAGCGUAAAGGCCAUUCUGGACAUUUUGAAAAAUUCCACCCCCGCAUGCAGGAAGAUGGGAAAAACGAACCCCCCUUUUGGAGACUUAAAUGGAGAGAAGGGCGCUCCUACUACGCACAAAGAAUUGCCCUUAUAUGACCACUUAACCAAAUUUGAUGAUUACACGUUUGACAGAAAUCACCUGAACGGUUCAGACAAAAACAGACAUAAUGGAAUUUUAAAUUAUGAAGAAGUCCAAAAGGAUGUCAUAAAAACUGAUAACACAUCAGAAGGAGUGGCAAACCCAGUGGACGAUAAAAUUAUUACAAACGAUAAAACUAUUAUAAACGAUAAAACAGGGAGGAAUUUAAAAAAGGGGAACAGAAAUUGUGAAGAUGAAGCUACCCUCGAUAAUGAGAAGAACAAAGAGUAUAUUCUUCACCAAACGGAGGAGCAUUUCACUGAUUCCUUUUUUAACAAAAAAUUAUAUGAACCAUCCCCAUCGGAGACGCAUUUUUUUACCGCAAUAGAGGACGAAAAUGAGCACACGGAUAUCAUCCUUUCCCCUAGGCAGAGCAAAAACGAACCAAAAAGAAGCACUUUGGGUGUGUCAAAUAAAAAUAUAAAGUAUAAGCUAUCAGACUACACGCAGAAAUGGAACAAAACGGAGAGGAUCCCUUCUGUAUGCAUCACGAAAGGGGAAUUUCCCCCCAGUGUGAAGAAAGGUGUACCACGAAGGAAAGGCACAAAAGGGAGUCACAAUGUUUACUAUACAGAUCAGCGAAGUGAAAUGUCAAGGGAAGGAAAUUACUUUCCAAUACAGGAAGAUGAAGACGCACGUGUGGACGAAAUGGCUAAUGAGACAUCAAACGAAUGGCUCAUCAGAAGAAAAAAAAAAACACUUCAUCAUAUUGGACGUGGGAAGAAUAAUGCCCCAUUUGGACACACGACACUGUUCCCCAUCGAAGUGAAGCACAAAAUGAAUUCCAAAAUGGUCAGUUGCGGAAAGAAAAAACCAAGCGACGGCUUGCACAGCGGGGGGAUUUACAAAACGAAAGAAUCGAUAGAAAGACGACGGAGAAUCGAUAACUAUGCAAAGGCUCUGAGAACAUUAGGCCUGUUAAAAAAUAUUGAAAUUUCGCUAAAAAAUAUUAAAAAUGUACCAAGUAAAGUUAAAAGGAAAAAUAUUAUUGAAUUCCUCAGACGGAGACAACGUGAAGAAAUGGCAUCGAACCAUUUGAUUUACAAGGAUGGGUACGUUUAUUUGAAAAAAAAUUUGUCCUCGAAAUUUUAA